AGCUGGCCCCAAGCGGCUAUAAAUUCCCCACCACCCCACGCGCCACCCCCUCUCUUCCAGUAGAGGCGGGAGCUCGACAAAUAAUUGGUGGUGCAAUGGAAGAGCUUUACGAGGCGGACGUGAUGUGGCCGGACAACUACGACCGUCCGAUGGGUGCAUCCAACGGCUAUACGUCGCCCAAGAGGACGAGGGAGAGGGCGUCGUCCGCGGCGCCGGUGGAGAUACCGAGGGCGCGGCGGAGGCAGGCGGGGGAGAGCUUGGGGGAGGAGGAGGGACCUGCGGAGCUGAUCCCACCGCACGUUCUGGUGUCCCGCAGCAGGACGGUGGGCAAGGUGGCGUUCUCGGUGUGCUCAGGGCAGGGGCGGACGCUCAAGGGCCGGGAUUUGAGCCACGUCCGCGACUCCGUCCUCCGGAUGACCGGCUUCCUCGAGGGAUAGAGCUCGCCGCGAGAGUCCAGACCGCAAUGAGAGAGAGAGAGAGAGAGAGAGAGAGCGGGCCAACAAAAAUAAGAGUGGAGAGCUCUAUUUUCGGUGUGCAAACUAAUUCAAGUACUGUAUAGUAAAGUAAACCAAAUUAAUGGAUAAAAUAUUCUUUUAAAAAAAAUGCUUCCCCUUUUUUUAA